AUGUCCAUUGAGCUGCCCACUGCCACCUCCACUCACCGCAUCACACAGCGUGAGCUCCAGAUGAUUCAGCAGCAUGUAUACCACAAUCCCACAAGAGCUGGUGGCGACUGGAGACAAAUGCUAGAGAUCCCGACCGCAGAUGAGCUCAAUGUGGACGAGGGAAGUCCCGCUUGGAAAGCGAAGCUUCAGAAGAACGUUCCGGUGAAUCCUGUAGACCGACCCUACAAAAGCAAGGAUCAAUACCUAGAGAUCCAGUACCGCCUUCACCGUGAGGAGACUGUUGCGUGGCUUCGCAGGGCGAUCUCUGCAUUCAAGGACGAACCUACUAUGAAGGACAACAAUGAGAGCUGCAUCUACACAAAGGUCUUUGUCCAGGGCUACCUCAUGACGCGUCUGGGGCCUGUUUGCAGAGUACAGUUCUCGACCGAGCGGGCUGGCAAGAAGAUCGACUGGCAGCACAGCACCCGACUUCGUACCGGAAGCCUUGUCGCGCUUUCUACUGCCAGGGAUGGCUUCCGCACGCUCUGCAUGCCGGCAGUGAUUGCCGACCAUUACUACGAGGAUGGCUUGAACCAGAACCCGCCGACCAUUCAGUUCUUUUGGGGUGACAUCAAAGACGCCAUUCUUGAUCCGCUCGAGGAAUUGGUCAUGAUUGAGUCCCGUCACGGCUUUUUCGAAGCUACUCGCCAUGCGAUGGUUGGACUGCAGCACAUGGCUAUGAACCCUACCCCAAUCGACAAAUACCUCGUGGACGGCUGCCAGGACGACGAACCUGCUUCUUAUAUCAGAUCAGGUCCAUACAAGGACAUCAGCUCCCUGAUCCACCACCUGCCCGAUGAUUCACAGCUCUCCGACGACGAGUUUGACAGCAGGAUCAAGAUCGCCCGAGACAACUUUACAAACAAGUUUGUCCUACACGGAAUAGCGCCGGAGCAAAUCUCAGGAUACACGAAUCUCGACAAUUCACAGCUUGAAGCCGUGCACCGCAUGUUGACCAAGGAAUGCGCGAUUGUCCAAGGACCUCCAGGAACUGGCAAGACCUUCACUUCUGUACAAGUGCUGCAGAUUCUGCUCAACAACCAGGCUCGUGGCAAAGAGGCCGUCAUUGUCUCGGCACAAACCAACCACGCUGUUGACCAGAUCAUGGCUCUCCUUCUCGGUCUUGGCUAUGAGAUUGCCCGUCUUGGCGGUCGGACCCAGAACGAGGAUAUAAAGAAGCGCUCCAUGUACAACAUCCGUCAAGAGAUGCGUGCCAAGGACCGUCAAGGCAGUAAGGAGUACGGCCAAUGCGAGAAGGAGCGCAAACGGCUCUGUAACCAGAUACAGAACUUCGUCACCGAGACCUUCACUGAGCGCCCGCUGACUCCGGACCAGCUAUAUAACGCUGGCCUGAUCACGGCAGAGCAACACCACCACUUCAUUGACACCGAGUGGGAAAACGAAGAGGAUGAGCAGCAAGUUGGCCGCAUUGGUCUGUGGCUUAGGGAUGACCUUUUGGAAAUCCGACCACACGAGUACAAGGACCCCCUCUUCGCUGUCUUGGAGGUGGAACCAGAGACCGGCGGCAGAGAGGUCGAGCAGGCAGACGUAGAUCCAGAUGCCUGCAUAAGCCAUGACGACGCCGAUGAUGAUCGACUCCUUGGGCAGUGGAUUCCUCUGCGUCCAAAGUGGACUGGAGCAAUUCCUCCUGACCUUGCGCCUACCGAGAAGGAGAUCCUGGAAGAAAUGGAACACCCGGAUCCAUACCAUAUGGACCCGAACCUUCGCGGUGCGAUUUAUCGCUACUGGCAGGCAACUUUGGUAGAGAAACAAACCAUCGCCUUCCGCAAGUUACUUCUGCAGGCAGUCGAGCUCAGCAAGAAGCAGAAAAGCCUGCGCUGGCUCACUGACGUCAAAUCUCUGAGAGCUGCACAGGUUGAGGUAAUUGGAUGCACGACGACGGGAUUGACAAAGUAUCGCGGGCUCCUCUCUGCUCUGAGCCCACGCACUAUCCUGAUCGAAGAGGCUGCGGAGACACGAGAGGCAAACAUUACUGCCGGGCUUCCCGGGUGUCUGCAUCAGCUCCUCCUUGUGGGCGAUCAUCAGCAGCUUGCUCCGAGCACAGAUGUCCAGGACCUGUCUGAGGAGCCGUUCAACCUCAAGGUGUCGAUGUUCGAGAGGCUCGUGAGGCUCAAUCUGCCUUACACGAUGCUCAAUAUGCAGCGGCGCAUGAUCUCGCCUCUGCGCCAAUUACUGAACCCGUUCUAUCCGAGAUUGGUCGACCACCCUAUCGUCAGCACGCGCCCGCAGACUGUUGAGGGGCUUCCCCACAACUCGUUCUUUUUCCACCACACAUGGAGCGACUCGCAGGACGAGAACCUGUCGCGACUCAAUGUGUUUGAAGCCGAAAUGGUUGUGGGCUUUGCCAAGUACUUGCUGAUGAACGGCGUUGACCCCUCGAGAAUCACAAUCUUGACCUUCUAUCGUGGUCAGUGCAAGAAGCUGGUCACCGAAGUCCGCCGACAGCUCCUCCGAUGGACGUUUCCCGAGAAAAUGAUUCGCACGGUAGACUCCUAUCAAGGCGAGGAGAAUGACAUUGUCAUCCUCUCGCUGGUGCGAAGCAAUGGCGAGAAUGGGCCGCAUGCGGCUGGCUUUGUCGCCAACAAGAAUCGAGGAGUCGUCUCGAUCAGCAGAGCUAAACUGGGCUUCUUUGUCUUCGGCAACGCGGUCAACUUCUGCAGCGCGGGCAAGACGUCGCGAGAAAUGUGGCAUCCCGUGGCGGCGACGUUUCAGCGACAAGGCAAAAUGCUUGACACUUCUUGUCUACCACUGGUCUGCAAGAACCACGGAAACAAGUCUGAGGUCAAGCAUCCGGUGGAGUGGACUGAACACGAUGGAGGCUGCCAGCAGCCAUGCCAGGGUCAGCUGUCCUGCGGCCACACAUGUCGGCGCAAGUGUCAUCCGAUGCCUCAUUCCAAGCUGCAGUGCCUCAGCCCCUGCAGCAAGCCCCUUCGUUGUGGUCAUGUCUGCCAGAAUACAUGCGCUGAGGACUGCUCUUGCCCAUGCACUGCAUUUACUGGUGCUUCUCUUCGAGAUACGGAUUUUGAGGACCGCCCCAACGUACCGCACGCCCAAGAAAGUCCCAGCAAGCGUGAACCCAAGCUCAGGAAUAGAGAGCCUCCCGCCCAUGUCCCAUCCCAAGCAGCUCCCCCGCCAUCAACAUCAUGGAAAGUCACCAACUACGUCGGAUCGCUUGGCAGUCCCGGCGGCCCAAACAUUUCCCUCAGAAGACCUACUGUUGAAGAAACAUAUCGACCAGUACAGCUCGAUGCCGCAGGCAAUCGCGUGGUUGGCGAAGGCGUCGUGUCGAGGAGCGCAUUGGACAACGGCUCACCAUUCGACAACAAUCUCAUGGACGCUGAUUCUUUUCCGUCGAUGAUGACUUUGCAGAAUGCUUUGCCACUGGUUCCCCUGGUUUCGAGUUCCAUUUCGAGAAGCAGCCAAGCCGAAGCAGCGCCCAAGCAGGCGAAGAAGCCAGAGGAGGCGGAAGAGGAAUUGCUGAUCGAUCUGUUUUAGAGCAUCGCGCGCUGUUCACAAUAUUCCUGUAGACGGAGCUGGAUGAUCCACAGCGGGCUGAGGGGAAGUAUGCGGGAAUAAUCCAACCAGGACGCUGUAAUCAGUGUCGAAAAGCGGUGCGGUUCGCAAUUAUUUUCCCAUGGUGCUUGUGGAUGGAGAAUGAGUGAAUGGAGUUUCCCCGUGAGUCGACUUCACAGCACCCUCACUACGGAAGGAGGUUCAUGAGGCCGGGGCAAGGAUGGAAGCGUGGAAGGGCCUGGAGCCGGCAAAUCGCUUGAGACUGUCCGAGCAAGAGUGGUGGUGCACGUAGUUGUUAUUCACAUGGGAACAGGUCCGGCAUGGAAAAUGUGAUGGGCCAAUCAAACAGACAGUUCUCACAGCAACAUGUCGAGUUUUAGACCAGAAGAGCAGGCGUCCUCCAACC